GAAAAUUGUUUACCCAAGUUUGUUGUCAAAUAUCAUCAGUUGAUGUACUCUAUGCCAUUAAUAUAAGAGCCAUUAUAUGUUAUACAUUUUUCAAUGGUUCUUAUCACUUAUUAUCACUUUUAUUUAAACCUAUUGUCAUUAUUUCGUUAUCAUUGGAGUCUGAGUGGAGCUGAUAAGGAAACCUAAUGAAUUAGAAGCAUUCUGUAGUUCCUUAUAUACUUACUGUUUUUUGUUGUUUUCAUAUUCAAUUAUUAUAUGCUACAAUGAGUCCACCAAAAGGUUUCCAGUUUGCCAUUGACCGUGGGGGUACAUUCACUGAUGUGUUUGCACGCUGUCCCAAUGGAAAAAUUCGUGUCAUGAAGUUACUGUCAGUAGACCCACAGAACUAUGAUGACGCGCCUAGGGAGGCUAUCAGGAGGAUUUUACAGGAGGAAACCGGCAAUGCUCUGGAUGAAGAUGGUAAAGUGAACACGUCCCUCAUAGAGUCGAUAAGAAUGGGUACCACAGUGGCUACUAACGCGCUGCUCGAGAGGAAAGGCGCCAAAAUGGCGCUUGUAAUUAACAAAGGCUUCAAAGACCUGUUGUACAUCGGCAAUCAAGCGAGACCACACAUAUUUCAGCUGGAUAUAAAGCGCCCCAGCGUGUUAUAUACUGAGGUGGUAGAAGUGGACUGCCGCGUCAUUCCAGCAUUGGAGGACAGAUGUCAAAUGAAGAAAUCCUGGCCAUCAGUCACCGGCACCACUGGAGAGAAGAUUCUUAUUGUCAAGGAAGUAGAUGAGGAGGAGGUACGGCGUGACUUGAAGGCGUUGAAAGAGAAAGGGAUAGACAGUAUAGCUGUCGUCCUCGCGCAUAGUUACACGUAUCAUGACCACGAAGUGAGAAUAGGGAAAAUUGCGAAAGGAUUAGGGUUCAGCCAAGUGUCGCUGUCGCACGCAGUGACGUCGAUGGUCCGCAUGGUGCCGCGCGGGUUCACGGCGAGCGCGGACGCGUACCUCACGCCUCACAUCAGGGACUACGUGCGCGGCUUCGCCAGCGGCUUCACCAACCACCUUGCCAACACCAACGUCUUGUUCAUGCAGUCCGAUGGCGGACUCACGCCUAUGAAUUUAUUUAAUGGAUCCCGCGCCAUUCUGUCGGGCCCCGCCGGUGGAGUGGUAGGCUACGCCAUGACAUCUUAUCAAAAGGAGACGGGCCUUCCAGUGAUUGGUUUCGACAUGGGCGGCACGUCGACGGACGUGUCUCGUUAUGCGGGCGCAUUGGAACACGUCCACGAGGCCACCACGGCUGGAGUCACCAUACAGGCGCCGCAGCUCGACAUCAACACGGUGGCGGCGGGCGGCGGGUCGAUGCUGUUGUUCCGGUCGGGGCUGCUGGUGGCGGGGCCCGAGUCCGCGGGGGCGCAGCCCGGGCCUGCGUGCUACCGCAAGGGCGGCCCGCUCGCGCUCACCGACGCCAACCUGCUGCUAGGUCGCCUCCUGCCCGAGUACUUCCCCAAAAUAUUUGGCCCGUCUGAGAACGAGCCACUGGACCGGGAAGCCACUGUGACCGCCUUCAAGAAGAUGACCGAAAACAUUAAUAGUUUCUUAAGACAAGAUGGCGGCAAAGAGAUGACUAUGGAGGAGGUGGCGAUGGGCUUCAUUAACGUUGCUAACGAGGCCAUGUGCAGACCGAUCAGGGCACUGACGACGGCUCGGGGCCAUGACGCGUCGCAGCACGCGUUAGCAUGCUUCGGCGGCGCCGGCGGACAACACGCCUGCGCAGUCGCACGGCGGCUCGGCGCCUCGCUCGUGCUCGUGCACAAGUACGCCGGCAUCCUGUCCGCGUACGGCAUGGCGCUGGCGCAGGCGGUGCAGGAGGAGCAGCAGGCGAGCGCGGCGCCGUACUGCCGCGACCAGUUCCCGCACCUCGACUCGCAGCUGUCGCUGCUGGCCGCCGUCGCAAGGGACAAGCUGCGCGCCCAGGGCUUCUCAAACUCUCAAAUAGUAACAGAGCCGUACUUACAUCUGCGCUAUGCUGGCACUGACUGCGCCCUGAUGGUCUCCCCAGUGCCUGGUGAUUCGCCAACGGCCUGCCUCCAUGGCGAUUUCUACACUGCUUUUGUCAACAGAUACAAGAAUGAGUUCGGUUUCACACUGUCAGAUCGUGAUGUCAUUGUUGAUGAUAUACGUGUACGGGCUGUGGCAGUGAGUCAAGUGCCUGAGGAGGUGGCGCCACCUAGCGGGAAGGGCAUCAAGCCGGUUCCAGAGAAGACUACGAAGGUAUACUUCGAGGGUGGCUACCAAGACACCGCGAUAUAUCAGUUGGAAAAGCUACGUCCCGAGCAGCAGAUCUUCGGGCCGGCCAUCAUCAUGGACAGUUUGUCCACAAUACUUAUUGAACCAGAUUGUCGCGCGGACAUAACCAAAUAUGGCGAUAUCCGUAUAACAGUGGGCACGGGACAACCAAAGCGGGUCACUACCGACCUAGAUUCAAUACAGUUGAGCAUAUUCUCACAUCGGUUUAUGUCCAUAGCGGAACAGAUGGGCAGGGUGCUGCAGCGGACGUCGAUUUCUGUGAACAUAAAGGAGCGGCUGGACUUCUCGUGCGCCUUGUUCGGCCCCGACGGCGGCCUGGUCUCCAACGCUCCGCACAUACCCGUCCACCUCGGCGCCAUGCAGGAGACUGUGCAGUAUCAGAUGAAAGUCCGCGGUGACUCCCUGAAGCCUGGUGACGUGUUACUGGCGAAUCACCCCAAAGCUGGUGGCUCUCACCUCCCCGACUUUACCGUUAUCACACCCGUGUUCCACAAGUCUGCCAGUCGUCCGAUCUUCUUCGUGGCGUCGCGCGGCCACCACGCGGACAUCGGCGGCCUCACGCCCGGCUCGAUGCCGCCGCACUCCGUCAGCCUGGCGCAAGAGGGCGCCGCCUUCAAGUCCAUGCUGCUGGUCGACGGCGGACGAUUCAACGAGGGACCGCUUGUUGAACAGCUCAUGAAUCCUGGCAAAGAGCCUGGCUGCUCCGGCACCAGGAAUCUGGCUGACAACCUGUCCGACUUGAAGGCACAAGUGGCUGCCAACCAAAGAGGUAUCCAGUUGGUCGGCGAACUCAUAGACCAAUACGGCCUGGACGUGGUGCAAGCGUACAUGGCUCAUAUACAGAAGAACGCCGAGCUGGCUGUGCGGGACAUGCUCAAGGAAAUUGCCAAUAAUGCCUUAGCCAAAACUGGAUCUACGGUGCUGAAGGCGACCGAGUAUAUGGAUAACGGCACACCCAUUGUCCUCACCGUCACUCUAGAUAAGGAUAACGGAAGUGCGAUAUGCGACUUUACCGGUACCGGCGUGGAAGUGUGGGGUAACCUGAACGCUCCUCGUGCGAUCACACUCUCUGCCCUUAUUUACUGUCUGCGAUGCAUGGUUGGGCACGAUGUGCCUCUCAACCAGGGUUGCUUAAAUCCAGUGAAAGUGAUCGUCCCACCGGGGUCCAUCCUGGACCCUUCAGAGGGCGCAGCCGUCGUCGGUGGGAACGUGCUCACCUCUCAGCGGAUAGUAGAUGUACUGCUCAAGGCAUUCCAGGUGUGUGCAGCCUCACAGGGUUGUAUGAACAAUUUGACGCUGGGUGAACAGAGCUGGGGGUACUAUGAGACGGUGGCCGGCGGCAGCGGUGCGGGUCCGGGGUGGCACGGCGCCGGCGGCGUACACACUCACAUGACCAACACGCGCAUCACCGACCUGGAGAUCGUGGAGCGACGGUACCCCAUGCUCGUCACCAGGUUCUCGCUGCGGGACGGCUCCGGCGGCAGAGGCAAAUGGCGCGGCGGUGACGGCGUGACCAGAGAGCUGGUGUUCCGUCGCACGGUGCAGUUGUCCGUGCUCACUGAACGGCGCGCCUUCCAGCCGUACGGCAUGAACGGUGGGGAGCCAGGUGCUAGAGGUUUGAACUUACUGCAAAGAGCCGAUGGAAGAUUGAUCAAUCUCGGUGGGAAAGCGUCCAUAGAGGCAUAUCCUGGGGAUAAAUACAUAAUGAAUUCUCCUGGUGGCGGAGGGUAUGGUCGCCCGUCGGAAGCUGUCGACCAAGGUGACGCGACGAGAAGCAACUAUAGCGAGUUCUUGGAGCGUGGCAGCGUCUACGAAUACAGGAGUGCCCAAGAAUCUGUCUAAACACUGUAUCUUAUUGUAGUGAAUACACUUAUUGAAAUUACGCGACUGAAUUUUGGCAUGUUUACGCGCCUAAAAAAUAUAGAAUAGAAAACAUUUGCUUUUUAAUACGAUGCUAUUUUAUGAAGUAAUAUAGAUACUUAAUUACGAUAAGAAAAAGUGUUCUGCGCUUAAAUAUACUUUGCGUAAGUAUGUGCCAAAAUUACGCUAAGAAAAACUUUCGCUGCGUAAAUGUAUCUAAUUUGCGCGUAAUUCCAAUACGACUAGAAACGGAUUUACAUAUUUACUAACUAAAAAUUUACUGCAUAAUGGCGCGAUUGAUAAAUAGAUUUGAAUUAGAACAAUAACUUAAUAUCAGUCGCUAUCGAAUUGUAAGUGUAUGUAUAAAUAAUAAUAAUAACAAACUAAUAGUAAGGUUGAAUGAUUGAAUGAAUCUGAGAAUGAAAGAAAUAAAAACAUUAGAAUUGAAUUAUAUUGUUGUUAUAUUUUUUUUAUGUAUUUUAUAUAUUUCAGAUGCUUUAUUAAUUAUUUCUACAGUCAUUGACAUAUUUGUCCGGAAAGUACGUAUAAAAGUUUUUUAAAAAUUUUAUUUUACAAUUAUUCAGGUAAA